AUGGAGUCUGCAUCGGUGACUGAGCGCUUAAACAAGCUGAGAGAGGAGAGAAUGGCCCGAGAAAAGGAGCGAAUUGCGAAGCUUCGUGAACUAAACCUGAAGAAGUACAACAAAAACGAAGACUUCAAGAAUUCCACUUCAAACCUCUCUAUAGUCAAUAAGUCUGUUAAAUCUGAAGUGAACUUAAGAAAUAAUAGUGCAGGUCCUGUCAGAAAUUAUAUGUAUGUGAAUGGUGCUGCAAAGAGGCCUGUCUCAGUACCGAUGAAACCAAAGAAAUGUGAGGUUAAUUCAAAAUCUGGACUUCCAAAACCCCAAGUCAAAUUGACAUCCAACAUUCCCAAAAUUAUGAACAAACCUAUAAUUGCUGCUAAUGUUAAUAAAAAAAAUGGCAACGUAACUCAUAAUAAGAAGCCUAAUAAUAUAACUGAGAGGAAACUCUCCACAACUGACAAAAACCCAGUCUUGGGCAAUAAACCUCAAGUUCCCCGUGUCAGUCAAUUACAAAAACCUAAGUUGGCCAAUUUUGCUGACAAAAAGCAAAACUUUCCCAUCAGAAAGGCUGAAAGUUUAACAACAAAUGUCAAAAUUCGUCAAACUCUGGCCGUGGCCAACAAUAAACCAUCUUCGAAUUUACCUCGCAAGUCUAUGAUCCCUCAAAGCGCUUCAAAGUCAGAAUCAGUCUUUGACCGCCUAUACAAACCCAAACCGGUUCAAAAUUCUCACAAAAAUGAGAUUGAAAAACUGCAAACUGAUCCGAAUUACUUGAAAAAGGUGAUCCGCACCUCUGGAUUAAUUUUGAACAAACGACACACAGUUUUUGAGCCAGCCAAAGCAAAGAUAGCAGUGCCAGUCCGUAGAUCAAUCUCCGCUGUCCAUUUCAAGCGGAUUGGUAAGCAGGAACUUGGCAAUUGUAUUCAUAAAUGGGCUUCCAUCGGUGACAAGUUAAAUAACAUGCAUUUAAAACAUGUCAACGAGGACGAGGAUAUACAGGAAGAAAAAGUAGUGUCUGCGGUCAAGAGUGAGAGAAAAAAAGUCACCUUUAUGACUCCGAUGGGCAAUUUCAACACUCCUCGUCCCGAGGAAUUACAAGCGAGGUUGAAAUCUUGGCUUCAAAAGAGAGGGAAGUCGUUGGAUUCCUAUCAUCAUUUGCAGUGUUUCGGUAUACAUCAUUUACCACAAACUAUCAAGUUUGAUACUAAACUUUUUGAUGAGGAAAACAAGGAAAAUAUAGCGGUUGAAUCGGACAGCGAUGAUGAUUCUUACACGGAGAACAUGAAUGAGGACUCAAAGGCCAGUACGCAAAGGUGGAGGAAUGCUAGCUGUGUGACAGACAGUGAAGAUUUCAAUGAUUCACACAAUACUACUGCUACAUGCAGUGAUAUCGUUAAUUUAGAUGAAGUUGUGAUUGGUGCGUUGAAUGAUUUGACGGAGUUGCUUAAAGAGGGUUUCGACUGGGAACAAUGCGCGCGCUGGCUGCGUGCGAUACGGGAGCGUUUCCCGUCGGCUCCACACAGCGCCGCCUACUGGGAAUGUCGCGCAGCACUCGAAGAGACGCGGGGAGAUCUGCCAGCGUCCGUGCAGUGCUGGGAGGAAGCUAUUGCUAAGGGGACUGAGCGGUCAGUAGUAGAAGCCAAUCUAGACCAGCUCUUAGAUAAAUUUAUGCAGCUGAAGAUAAGUCCGAACAGCCACGGCAAGCGGCGCCAGGUAGACCCCAAGCUGGUGGACGUCAAAAACGUAUUCAAAAGCACUAUCAUACGAUUUGCUGUUCAACAAGCGAAGUUACGCCAAUCAAAUCAGUUCGACGCGCCCAAAUACACGGUGACUCCAGUGAGACGCAGUGCAAGGUUAAGUUCGCAUUGGAGUGCAAAACGCACCCCGCUACAAGUUUGUACCAGCGUCCGACAAGCUGACGAAGUUUUAGGUGAAAAACCAGUGUUUGUGCCAAAUGGUAGCCUAUAUGGCACUCCUUAA